AUGAGUACCAUUCCCUUCAUCUCUCAGCUCAAAUCACUGUGGCAAGCCGUUACUGGCGACACAGCUGGAGCGAAGAAGACUCAGGAAGACUUCCUUGAUGCAUGGGAACAUCAUCCCGGCCAACAAAUAUCUGAACUGGCCGACAACAUACCCAUCGUCGGUCAUGUCAAAGGUCUUAUUCAUCUUGCUCUGGGUGAGACGGAAGAGUUUGUCCAUUCCGAGGAGGCUGCUACCCGCACGUUAGCGGUGUUAGGAGCAGGUGCGCUCAUUGCAGGUACAGGCGGUGCCGCUGCCCCGAUUCUCGCUGGCGUUGCUGCUGGUGUCGUCGCCGAUGCAGCGAUCACAGGUAUCGAGUCUGUGAGACAUCAGAAGUACGAUCCCCAAGGUUACCUCGGAGCAGUUUCCGAGAUUGGGUCUGACUGGCGCGGUGGAGUCUUCGACAUAGUUGCUCUCGGCGUUGGCGAUGCAGUACUGGGUGCGGACGGAUCUGUAACCAAAGCGAAAUACAAGACAACGAAGGAUACCGCGUCGAAGGUGAAGGAAUCUUCCUCACCAAACGCGGGAUGGUCCAGCACGGCGCGAACAGCCAUCAUCGUCCCUCCGGAAGAUGAAGAGAAACCCGUCAGAUUCAAGCAGCCUGCCGUACUCUGCCUGAAUGUCGGAGACCCAUCCCGCGCAGAGACAUACUACGCGCAGAAGUUGCUUCAAUAUCGUGAGGCUGUCGAGAAGCUGAGAAAUGAUCCCAACGCGGCUUCCACCUCACACCCUACGACAUUCCAAUUCAAGAUCAAGUCCUUCCGCGUUCUCACUGCCGACUCUGAACGCAUGUUUCGCGAUGUUCCGACGACCGGAGAGCCUAGUCCUGCUGGUGUACGUCGCGUCGACAUAACCAAAACGUCUACGUCUUUCGAAUGCCCUCAACCUGUAUAUACGCCGCUGCUGGAAAAGGCUAUUCCUGAUACCUUCAAAGAAGUGCAGCCAGACUGGCUAGUACACAUGCCAACGCGCCUGCUCGAGCACAUGAGAGACCAUCAGAUUACUUAUGGCCGUGUAAGAACUUUCGUCAUCGUUGCCUCCAAAUUCGGGAAGACGUCCUUGAAAGCAAAUAUUGCGCAGAAGAUCACUGAUCAAGAACUCAGUCGACUUCAGCAUGGUCCCAUCUCGUUGUCGGCUCUGAGUGGUACCGGCAUUGACAGCAUUGAAGUUCGACAGGAGCCUGUUCGCCGCCUGCGACAGUCGCGUGAAGUCAAAUGUGGCCGCAUGAUUAGUGGUGACACUGCCCAUUCCCGACAUAUGGAGUAUCUGGCCGAGUUUAGCGAUGGUUCAACGUUCUGGAUCCCUUCUCGCAAUGUUGCCAACGAUCUCAAAAUUGAGUUCUGGAACGUGAUGACAAGCGGGGCGAAGGAGGUCACGGAGAUCGUCAGUUCGGAUUCGUCAACCGGCAAGAUAACUGUGAAGAGGCCAGAUGGGAGCACUGAUAUUGUUGACCAGACCCACGUGUUCUGGCAGCAGGAGGUUACACCCUCGAAACUCACUGAUGCAGAGCUGGACGCGCUUCUCCGUCAUGGGCAUUUCGGUUUCGACCUCGACGACUUUGUACCUUGCUCGGUCACCAUCAAUACUGACUGGGCUAAGGUGAGGAUUCAGAGCACAGGCGCCGCAGUCAUGAAAGACCCCGCUGCCGAAAAGAAUGGCGAAUAUGCGGGUACACAUGUCGACACAAGAUUAAUCUCAUUCGGUCAAGAACACUCAAACCGGUUCGUCUCUCGGACCAUUCCAUUCUUCGUCGCCAACAAUGGCGCACUCUUCGACAUCCAGGUCACGCAUGGUCGUGAUGGGAGAGUGUCGGGCGAUAAGCAGGGCAACAUAGUCCUCAAUGUCGCUGGGGAACGGUUUGUGAGCAAUGUCAACCAAGAGAACCCUGAAACUAAUCCAAACACCUUCCAUAUCCGUCCCCUUCUCACAACGCCGGCCCUUCUCACUUUCAAGACGGACUGGGCCGCCGUUGAGAUUACUAGCAACAAUGCUACGAUUGUCACUGACCCUACAGUCAACCAGAACAUCUAUCAGAAAGUAGUAUUCACAUCCAACUCAAUCAAGCUAGAUACCGGUACUUUCGGUCAGAAGUUUGUAGUUCCCUUCCUCAUCUUGACCCGAGACGAACAAAUCGACAUCAGAGUCACGCAUGGCCGCGACGAGGAGAGAUAUGGGGAUAAGGCAGGAGUCGCAAGUGUGCUCUUCGCUCAGAAUACCUAUACGAGCCCGUACAACCCUAACAAUAGCCAGGACAACCCCAAGUCGUUCACCGGCUGCAAGGUUAACAAACGUCCCCCGGUUGUGCCCCUAUGA